UGUUCGAUACAUGUUGUACACAUGAACAUUGUUAAGUAGUCUACUGUAACAAUAAAUAUAUGUAAAUCAGUAGACAGGAAAAUAACAGUUAUUGAAAAUUAAAAAAUAAAAACCGUUGUCACGGCGCUAUGCGAUGGUUAACCUGGGUAAUGAGUUGGAUCGAUUAUUUACGGUUUUAUAGUAUGCCUUAUAGCUACGCGCAGUAUAUGACUGUUUACGUUCGUAAAGAUAUAUAUUUUUCGUCAUUUGAAAAUUGGAUAGUUUUCUUAUAGCUACCACUACUGAAUCGGCUACAAUAACGCAAAAUAUGGCUCCUAAAAAGAAUAAGAAAGGUAACAAAUUGGCACGGAUGAGUGACGAAGAAAAAUUGAGAUAUCUACAGCACCGGGCAGCAGUUGAGGAAGAGACGAAACGACGGAAAGAACAUCUGGUCGCCACGUAUUUGAAGAAUAAGUUGAAAAGAGAAGAAGCGUUCACGCGGCUAAACAACGCUAAACUAAAUCAGCAAUGGCGUCACAAUUUGCGACAAAUCAAGUGCAAGGAACUGAAAGACGAAAUGAUGACGAUGGAAAACAGAUUUGAAAUUUUGCUGGAUUGCAAGAACAACCAUAUAGACAUGUUACUGAAAGAUUUGGAAGAUGCCGAAGAACAAAAUCUGAAACAAUAUGGGGCACACGCUGAAAUUAUAUCUCAGUUCUUAAGUACGCAUAAAACAUCACUAGAAGAACUCCACGAUCGUUAUGAAAACAAAAAGCAAUUGCUAAUAGACGAAUUGAAAUACAACUUUAGUCGGAUGAGGGACAUAUUCAACCGGGACAACGAGCGGCUGGAGCUCAUGUCCCUUACUUUCGAGGCACGUAAUGAUGACGACACGCAGCAAAUACACACUAACUUUGAAGACUCCAUUGCUGUUCUAAAUAACGAGAUGCUUUUCGAGAAGGACCGUUUCACAAAAAUACGUUUCGCAGAAAUGCAAAUAACUGUGAAGAAGUUGCAAAAAGUCCUAGACGAUUACAGUGAUGAAACUGAAUCAAAAAAGAAUCAUUACAACUAUUUGAAAAUGCGAGACGAAGACAAUACAGCGUCUAUCGAGGAAAAUAAUAAGCGAAUCCGUGAAUAUUCUGAAGAAAUCAAAAUGUUGACACAUUUGUGCGCCAAACGUGAAGUUCAAUAUGCACAACGAGAAAAUGAUUUGAAACGGGAGCGCGAGGAUCUUAUAAAACGUGGUUUCGAUGCACAGAAUCGACUUAACGUCAAUCAAAACGAAUAUCAGAAAAAACUUGAAGCUAUGACAAAAAUAUAUAAAAAGGCUAUUGAUAAACUAACGAGUAUUGUUGAAAAAGGUGAACGAAUAAUUAAAACUGCAGACAAUUGCUCCAAGCUAAUGGUAGACGAUGACGACGACAUAAUGCUUAAUGACGAAUACGAGAAAGAUCGAGAGUUCGAUAAAAUGUCGAAAUUCUGGAAGCGUUAUGCACGGGCUGAAGUGCAAUGUCAAGAACUUGACAUCAAACGUACGAAACUGCUGCAGGAGAAUAAAGAUUUAAAAGCCGCAUUGGCGUAUUAUUUGAAAACCGUUGCUAGACCUGCAUCGGUCCAAAGAGAUAUGAGGGACAGCGGAAUACAAUUGAAUUUACUUCCGGUCAAAGCGGGGUGAAUACUGUGGAAUUAACUUACAUCGAUUUAUCCUAAUAAACUUGCAAUCGAAGGAAUAAAAUAACGGCUGGAAAUGUUUUUAAUUUACUUUUAAUCCACUAAUUUAUAUUGUGUUCAAUUUUAUAUUUUAAUAUUUUCACUUUUUAUAAUUUUGGAAAAAAAUUUACUAUAACGAUUUUGAUACUCAUGUUUUAAAUCAGUAACAAUAAAUUCAAUUGUUUACCAUAAUCUAAUUAAUUUUUAACCAUGGGUGUAUUAUUAUUUAUUUAUUUGACUAUAUUUACUUAUUUUUUUUAUUUUGAAACAUCUGAUAUAUUUUCUGAUACAAUGUAUAAUACCACUAUACUGACUUUGUGUUAUUGACUUGGGACUGACAGGUGAUAUUAGAUACAAUUUUUGUUCUCCCAUGACUUUCCUCAAUACUGGCGGAUAGCAUGAUUUAUAUUUUUCAUAGCAUAAACACUUUUUAAAAAAAUGCAUAAAAUAUU